AUGCGUUUGACAUAUUUCUGCUUGGCUUUGUUUUCAUUUGUGAUACUACCAACCGAUAGUUACUUCUGCUGCGUGCCUUUUUUGCCGUUCGUGUGUCAGUGUUUAUGCUGUCCACCACCACCGCCACCACCACCACCACCACCGCCACCACCGCCACCGCCACCGCCACCGCCACCACCGCCACCACCACCACCACCCGCACCUUACGUCUAUCCACGAAGGCCUAUAGGAGUCGGCUAUGGUUUUGGCCUGCUUCGAAGGCAUCGCAGUGCAAGAUCGAUAGUCUUUAAGAGACGACAGUUGUGA